GGAAGCAGCUAGCUUGUUUUAGGCGGAAGCGCUGAAAGACUCAAACCUGUAGUUUGAGAGAGUUUUUGAAGUGAUUGAACAGGUUCGUUCCGGGCGGUUCUGAUGUGAUCCAGGUCCUUGUGUGAAUCUGAUACCCUACAGACCACCCAGAGUUCCCCGCGGUGGCCGCUGUCAUCGGUUAGCCUAUUAGCUUCAGCGUGGACUAACUUGUAGGAGUUAGGUAAAGAUGUCGGGAGGAGACCCGAGGGCCGUAUUGUACUACAACCUGCCCGCCUCCGUUGACUGUGAGUUCUGCCGCAUCAUGGACGGGCUGUCAAACCAGGACUGGACCCGCUUUGCCUCGGGGAUGCUGAUGGAUCAGAACGACGUGCGAUUGGCUGAGAGGCAGGAAAGGCGGACCCACUGGGUGAUGGUCAAAUGCUCGAACAGGAACAUUCAAGUCGGAGAGCUGAUCGACCUGCUGGAGGAUCUGCAGCUGUUACGCCCCCGUGAUGUCAUCUUGAACUGGGUGAGAAGUCUGGACCUUUACUCCUAUGUUCCUGCUCCUGCUCGUCAUCUUCCUUCUUCAUCUCCUUUUUCUGACUCUCAGUUUGUCCCCCCUCCCAAAACGCCUUGGGCCACGCCUAUGCAGGACACCUGUAGACUGGGCUCAGGAAUAGGAGGUCCAUUACCCAGACCUGCAUCGCCCCCCCCGGGGCUGCGCUCUGAAGUGCAACAACGUCACCAGCCCCAGGUGAUGGUGGCGGUGAGCAGCAGCAUCGCAGUGAUGCGCCUGUCAUAUGAAGAGGUGUAUGCUGGGACAAAUGGGUUCUCCCCCUCCCUGCAGAUAGGGGAGGGGGGGUUUGGAGUCGUGUACAGAGCGACUCUGAAGGACAUGAAGUGCGCCGUCAAGAAAUUCAAAGAGGACGGGCUGCUGGACUGGGCUCUGCUGAAGAAGAGCUUCCAGACUGAAGUGGAGCAACUGUCAAGAUUCAGACAUCGCAACAUUGUGGAUCUUUUAGGGUUCAGUGACGGAGGAGGGUCAUUGUGUCUGAUUUACAGCUACAUGGAAAACAGAUCUCUGGAGGACCAGCUGCACAACGAGUGUGUGGUGCUCUCAUGGCCUCAGAGAGUCAGUGUUGUUAAAGACGCAUCAGAAGCUCUGCAGUUUCUCCACUGCCCCCCUGAAGGCGAAAAGCUGCUGAUCCACGGAGACGUGAAAAGCUCCAACAUUUUGUUGGACAGUCACAUGACGGCGAAGCUUUCAGACUUCGGUCUGGCUCGGUUUGUACCCACCGGCACCUCGGCAGCUAGCACGACAUCCGUGGGUAAAACGACAACAGUGAGAGGAACGCUGGCUUAUCUGCCGGAGGAAUACGUGAGAGGCGGAGAGCUGGGACCCAAACUGGACGUUUACAGCUUCGGAGUGGUGCUGCUCGAGGUGCUGACUGGACGUCGAGCUCUGGAGAAAGAUGGGAUGGGUCGAGACAGAUACCUGAAGUACCUGGUGGAGGACAUCAAGGAAGGUCCGGAUGGCUCAACUGAAGCAGUUUGGAGGAAGCAUCUUGACAAACGGCUGAUUUCAGGGGGUACUGCUGAGCUUACUGGUAGCCUGCAACUGGCGGAUCUGGCCUGCAGGUGUCUGGCAAAACUCAGGAGGAAGAGACCGGUAAUGAAAGAUGUGUGUGCAUCUCUUGAGGACGUAUAUAAAAUGGUGAGGGAGCCUCCCUACCAGUCCUUCCCCAGACCUCCCCGCUCUCUGGACUCUAAUAUACAACAGCUUUCCAAAGAGCUGAGUAAACUGGGACCACUGGAGGAUACCUACCAAGUGUCACAGUCAACCAAAUUUUCUUCCUCUCCCUCUUUGUUCACCCUCGCCACUCCUGACCCACUUCACUCAUCAUCAUCUCUUCCCCCGUCAUCCAUUUUCCCUCCUGUGUCUUCCUGUUCAUUCGCUGGUCCAUGUGAAACCGACGAGAGUCGAGGUUUCUCCCAGUACGACCUUCGCUCUCAGCUGAGAUCAAACGGGACCAGCUGCAGGUCUUUAUCUCCUUCCACCAAAGCGCAGUAUCGCAGUCCAGCUAGGCUCACAGAGGUUGAGUGCAACCAGCCUUCGGUGCCCACUGAGGACCAGUACAAUUUCCCUCCCCAGCCCAAUAGCACCAGUUUGAGUAUAGCACCCGGAGCACUGAGAGGGGCCCCAGCAGGACCAGAGACUAGAGGGCAAACCACGGCAGAUGCAACUGCAAGGCUCUACGGCUUCUCUCCUGCAGGGUCCCUGAAGUCAACAUCUCCAGAGCCUUCAAUUCAGAUAAAUUCCAGCAAACAGCGACUCCUGGAGAAGAAAACUCAGUACGAGGAAGGAAGGAUUCGUACUCCUGAGCUGCUGUCAUCUGAAAACAUCUAUGAAGAGAAGAGUUCUGGGGACAUCAGAGGACCAGAGGAGAGCGAUGAGCUGGAUUAUCUUCCCACUAAACACAAGUGACUGCGGUUAUCUAGUAUGGACACAAAGUAGAGGACCAAAGAUGGACAGUUUCUGGAGUGCAGCUGUGGAUUUCAUCAUCACUAAUGUUACAGAAAAAACUGCUGGAUGGUGGAGCUGCUGGUGUGUCACAUUUCAGACUGCUGGUGAAUCUGGGUUUCAUAGAUUUCUCCAGCUGUGCAUUUACCAAAAAACAUCACUGGGUUCAAACCAAGUGAUGCCCAUGUCAGCGUAACGCAACAUUCCUGUUGUUUUCAUCCAACUGAAAUUAUUUAUUCAUUAGUCUGUAAUAAUUUUAAUAUUCACAUGGAAAUAUUUUAAUAUUUGUAAUUGUGUCAUAAAAUUCUGAAAACAGA